CGCCCCCCUCCCCCUUCCCCCGCUCGCUCGCGGCUCGAGCUUAAAACCCUAGAGCCGCUCCUCGCCUACCCCGAAUCCCAAAUCCUCUCCGCCAAGGCCGACCCCCCCGCCCGUAAAGGGUCGAGCGCGCUCAUGGCUCGCGUGUAUGUCGGCAACUUGGAUCCGCGCGUGACGGCGCGGGAGAUCGAGGACGAGUUCCGCGUGUUUGGGGUUCUGAGGAGUGUAUGGGUUGCUAGAAAACCACCAGGGUUUGCCUUUAUUGACUUCGAUGACCGCAGGGAUGCACAAGAUGCAAUUCGUGAUUUAGAUGGCAAGAAUGGAUGGAGGGUUGAGCUGUCAACCAAAGCUGGAAGUGGCCGUGGCCGAGAUCGUUCUAGUGGUUCCGACAUGAAGUGCUAUGAAUGUGGUGAACCUGGUCACUUUGCACGUGAAUGCCGCUUACGAAUUGGUUCUGGAGGCCUGGGCAGUGGAAGGCGCCGUAGCCGUAGCCGUAGCCGGAGCCGGAGUCCAAGGUACCGCAGUCGUAGCCGCAGCCGCAGUCCAAGAUACCGGAGGAGCCCAAGCUAUGGUAGAAGGAGCUACAGCCCACGGGAUCGUUCUCCAAAGAGACGCAGCUACAGCAGGUCACCACCACCACCUCGUGCGCGAAGCUACAGCAGAUCACCCCCGCCUCCUCGUGAGCGAAGCUACAGCAGAUCACCAGCAGCACCGCCGGCCAACCGUGAGGAGUCCCCCUACGCUAAUAAUGCGUGAGAGAUUAGUUCGAAUUUGCUGGAAAUGUUAGGGGGGGCGCAGUAUGUUAUGUUUUUGUAAGCGCUUGUGUAACUCUUGAAAAUUUAUAGGAAGGAUUAUGUUCUUCGGAAGCAUUUGUGUGCCCUUUUGGGAAAAACCCCGCUGCUGAUACAAUUGUUGAAGCAGAGAAGCCUAGCGUUUUGGUCGACUGUAUGACUGAGAGAACUCAUGUAGUCCGUAAGACUGUUUUGUACUAUUAGAUUUUAUUAUACAUUGCAGGAAUAUUUGUGCUAAAUAAUAUUAUUGUUAAGCAAUGCCUUUUGUA